UUUAACGUUUAUGUGUAAAUAUUUACGAAAUAUAAAAUGGAUGAAACAAACUUGGAAGAUAUUGAAAUAAAUACGAUUUGUCGAACAUGUUUGAGUACAAAUCGAUCAAUUAAACAAAUUUUUGAAGUUGAAAAAGUAGAGGCUGUUAAAUUUGUUACGAUUUUGAAAGAAUGUACAUCCAUUCAAAUUUCAAUAGACGAUGAUUUACCAAAAGGUUUGUGCCAAACAUGCAUCGAUCAAGUUUUUAAUUAUUACGAAUUUAAACGGCAAAGUUUAUUGUCAGAAAAAAAACUUUUAAAUAUUUUUAAAAAUAACAUUGCAUAUAAAAAUGAGGAAUUAUCAAAUUAUUCAGCAGAAAAAGUUGAAGUUAAAAACGAAAUGCAUGAUGAUGACGACAAUUCAACAGGCGAAUUUGUUACAUACGAGGAUUAUUAUUACCUAAAUGGCGUGGCUGUAAGUGUGAAAACACUGAAAACUGACGACGAGAUAUUAGAAAAUGAUUUAGAAGAGGGGAACGAAGAGGUUGGAGAUCCAGAUUUCGAAUUAAAAUGUGAUAAGUGUGAUGCUACAUUUGGGUCCAUCUCAAGUUUAACAAAACAUCGGCGUUCAGAUCAUAAGGAGAAGAAACAUAAAUGUCAAACUUGUGGAAAAAGUUUUAUGACUGCUGGUGUACUUUUUAAUCAUGAAUUAUCACAUGGAUUUAAUUGUACAUCAUGUUUUAGAAAAUUUGAUACUUCUGAAGAAUUGGAAACUCAUGCUAAAGAACAUAAAAAUCCAAAUUAUUUUGCAUGUCGAGAGUGUGGUAAAGAAUUCAAAAAGAAAUCCAGUUUGCAAUUACAUCUUAAGAUUCAUACUGGGGAAAAACCACAUCUUUGCACAUUUUGUGGCCGAGCUUUUGCAUGUCAAACAAAUUUAAAUACACAUUUACGAAUUCAUAAUGGUAUACGACCAUAUUCAUGUCAACAUUGUAAUAAAGAAUUUGCACAAUGGUCAUCAUGGAAAAGUCAUUUAAUUACACAUAAUCGCGAACGAGUUCAUGAAUGUCCUAAAUGUGGUAAAAGUUUCUAUAGACGGGGUACAUUACGAACGCAUAUGGUAACACACUCAGAUUUACGAAAAUAUAGUUGUACAUGGUGUCCUAAACAAUUUAAAACAUCCUCAGAGGUGAAACGGCAUUUAAAUAUUCAUACAGGUGAGAAAAUGUUUACGUGCACAUUUUGUGGUAAAAGUUUUAAUAGACAAAGUACCUUAACGGUACAUAACAGAAUUCACACUGAUGAGAGACGUUUUGUGUGUGAAGUGUGUAAUCGUGGAUUUAUACAGCGUCAUGUGUUAAUUCAACAUAUGAAAACUCAUAAAGUAAAUAAUGAUAAUAAUGAUACAUAAUUGUUUGAAGUAAAUUAAA